AUGGCCCCCCUGUCCACGUUCAUGGUCGCCGCCGCGACGCUGUCGGGCCUCUUGCAGGUCGCAGCAACAGAAGCAGCAACAACGGGACCUAUGCUCUCAUCAUACUUCCCAGCGUGAGUACCACGACUUUGUUGCGUGUAGUACGGUACACUCUCUUCCGUGACGCUCGCAACAGCUGGGCGUUUGUUCACCGAACUCGCAAGCUGACGCGGCGGUGAUUUUGUCUCAACCUCGCCGGCGGGCAGUUACACCAAAGGAGCAACCGUCGCAUGGAACCAGACCAAGCUCGCCAUGUACUUUGUCGACAUCACGACUAAGGAUGGGUUCGAGAUUGGGCCGAAUCAGCCCCUCGAUGGGAUCAAGAAGUUCACGUCACAAGCUUAUGCCAGUCAGUCCUACCUCCUGAGCCUCGGCUCGGGCGUCGUCGAUCGACGACGCGGCGGAGGCAUUUUUCGUGACGAAGCCUUUUCGAGCUGACUCAGAAUUGUUCCGUUCUCCGUGCUUUCCUCGAACUCUCCGCCUCGAAUAUCAUCAACUCGCCGAAUUAGACGGCGCCAAGCCCAUGGUCACGCUUGGCAGUUGGAACGGUUCGCUCUACUUCUCCAAGCAACUCUCGACCCCCGAAGGCCGCACCAAGCUCGCUUCGCAAUUGCAAAACUACCUCUACUACAAGGAAUUCAAAGGCGUCGAUAUCUCCUGGCUUUACCCUGUUAAACAAGGUAUCGGGUGCAACACCGUCAGUCGAAAGGAUACGGAUGACUUCCUUGAGUUUCUUAAGACGCUCAGGGGGUGGCUCGGGACGGGGUACCUCAUUUCCAUCGCCGUUCCCCCUAAUGGGUUCCUCACUGGUAACGGCACGGAACACGUUCAUGACUACUCGGAAUGGGCGAGAGUGCUCGAUCAUAUCAAUAUCAUGACGUACGACUACGCGGGUCCUUGGUCGCCCAAGACGGGACCGCUCUCGCCGAUGCACUCGUGCGCUUCCGGUGGAGGCGUCGCUGCGGCUGUCAAGUACUGGACCUCGUCGGGCUUCCCUGCCAAGAAAAUCUUGAUGUAAGCCCUACAAAUGCAUCUCCCUACUCGAGUUCCCGACCCUGACUCGCCUUCUUCACAUCUUGAACUGGAUGCCGAGAUAGCUCGAUUCCGUAAGUUCGACAAUUGGACUUGUUCAGCAACUCCGCACCCCUAAAUCUGAUCUCGUCUACCCAAAUCCUAACAGCUCUUACGCCAUCUCCUUCACCCUCAAAUCUUCCAAACUCGAAACGACCUACAUGACCGACGGCGACGGCGGCACCUCCAACUACUCUUCCCUCAUUUACCAAUCCUGGUCCUCGAUCCCCAAAGGUGAAGCAGCCGACUCCAACGAACCGACCACAGAUGGCUGCGGCGUUGUUACUGCCAACUACACGGGUCACUGGCAUUACACGAGUUUGAUCAAGGAGGGUCUGCUGGCGCAUGAUGGCUCGACGGGUUUGAAGGGUUAUAUGAGGUACAUGGAUGGAUGCUCGCAGACGCCGUUCUUGUUCAAUCCUACCAACAAGCACUUCAUCGCUUACGAGGAUGCGACGAGUGCUUCAAUUAAGGCCGUAAGUCCUGCGAAGUCGAGGAUGGGAUCUGAUUGGUCAUAUGUUCUGACAACAGCUUGAUCCUUUUUGACAGGGCUUCGCUCGUGACAACGGCCUCAAAGGAGUCACCGUUUUCACUUCGGAGGGCUUUGACGACACUGGUGGGUUUCACCCAGCCGAUUCGAAGAUGCGUGCUGCCCACUGAUAUAUCUCUCCUUUCGUCGACAGUAUACGACGCCAUCGUAGCGGAGUUGAACCGUCCGAAGAAGGAACCCGAGUCAGGCGGCGCGACCGGCAAGUCCGAUACCCCCCAAGCUCAAGCCGGCGGUAAAGCCCCCAAAUCAUCGACGCCUCCUCCUUCGAGCAAGCAACCCCAAGACAUGUCCAAGAAAGCUUCCCACGGCGCCGGAAUCCUGGGUAAAAUGAACCUCCGAGCCCGCUCGUUUGGCCCAAGAUACGGUGCAAAGAACUAUCACCAGUAG